UCCUGCCCUGACUCUCUCACCACCUCUCUGUAUCUGAAACACAGGGAAACUGUACUUUUAUACCGAGGCUAAAUUUAGGGGGCUGGUCGGUGCGCGGCGUCCCCAUCCUGGACGCGCUUCCUUCCCCCAGCCUCGCAUUGGUCUGAUUUGUGCAGGGAACAACGUUUAUAAGAAAAGCAGCUCUGUCCAGACUCACAGCUACAUGAGUGAGGAGAAACAGCUCAUCGGACGACAGAAGAAGCGACGCGAUCUGUAGCUUUUUCUGGAGACUCUCUGGACUCUGGUAAUUUCCUUUAAACACAGAAAGUGCCUCUUCUCAACACUUGAGGGAUUUUUUUCCACUUUUUUUUUAACAACGCAUGGAAAUGGCCUUGAGCGGGACCAUUUUACCAUCAAUCUCUACCUUUGCCAACCAGAAGGAGAAAGGCUGGGAAGAUAGGUGGAAGGGCGACAUGAGCAGCGUUGCGCCCGACUUGGACAGCAGCUGCCUGGGCAGAAAAGAUGAAGAGGACCUGGAUAAGUUCUUGGAUCUUGAGUUUAUUCUCGCAAACACAUCUGGCUCUGACGGAGCGCCAGCCGCCGGGACGGGGGUAGAGUCCUAUCGGCUCCAGGAGUCCGGGUCGUCCGCGUAUCACCAGCAGCAGCAGCACACCGGGAUGCCCCAGCCGCAGGCCAAUUACACCUCUGUCCCAGACAUGAACUGCCCUCCUCCGCCCUACAACAGUCUGAUGGCGGAGCUUCUGCGCUCCGACGUGGAUACGAGCUUCUUCUCCGGGAACAGUCCCAGCAUCCAGGGCAGAUUCCUGAUCAGCUCCGCGCCUUUCCAGACCACUCAGGAUUUAUUCCCCGAGCAUCCGAACAUUAAAGUGGAGCCCGCCUCCAUGGACACAUACGGACCUGUCAUGGGUCUAGUGCCCCAGAGCUGCACCAAAAUCAAGCAUGAAGGGAACGUCUCCUGCAUGAUGUCAUACGAGCAGCAGCCGCGGCUGGCCAACUCCCCGCAGGCUGCAGUCGGCAGCAUGACGCCGCCGCUCAGCCCGGACGACCUGAUGAGCUCCGAGUGCCACCAGCCCCAGAUGUGCAACGCCACCUCGCUGACGUUCCCGCAGAGCUUCCACUCCCACCACCGGAGCGCGCCCGGGGGAUUCCCUCACCCGCACACCGGGAUGCAGCUCCCUUUCACAGGGGCGCACCACCAUCACCAUUUUCCCGCCAUGUUCGGAGAGGACGCGGCCAUGGGCAUGCAGCAGCAGCCGGCGUCCGGCCAGCGGGUCCUCCUCACCCCACCAUCCUCCCCGCUGGAAAUGAUGGACACCAAGCCAAAGAGGGGUCGCCGGUCCUGGCCCAGGAAACGGACGGCGACACACACCUGCACUUUUACCGGCUGUGGGAAAACCUACACCAAGAGCUCCCACCUGAAGGCGCACCUCAGGACGCACACAGGAGAGAAACCAUACCACUGCAGCUGGGAGGGUUGCGGCUGGAAGUUCGCUCGUUCCGAUGAGCUCACACGUCACUUCCGGAAGCACACCGGGCACCGGCCGUUCCAGUGUCACCUGUGUGAACGGGCGUUCUCCCGGUCCGACCACCUCGCCCUGCACAUGAAGAGGCACAUGUGAGGACACAAGCUGAGCAGAGAGGACUCUAUGCAUCAACCACACGAAAAGAACUGUAACAACCCUAUGGUCAGAUAUAGAACCAUGCUAUGCAAAUAUAUAGAUGCAAGUUCCUAUAGUUCAUUUAACUAUAGUGGUACCAUGGCAGGAUUAGCAGCCAUACAGUAUGAUGAGGCCACUAGCCUAUUGACUACACUGUAAUGCCUACAGGUAUAUUUAUAGGAAUAUUAUAGUGAGUUUCAUCAGGGGGGAGGAAAAGGAGCAUCAAGAUGAAAUGCCUUAAAAAAAAUAUCUAUUUAAAAGUUAUUUUGAGAGAAGUGACAAACACAAAUCACAAAUCACAAAUCAAUGAGCAAACACAGCAGAUAUGACAGAGACAGAUGAAUUCUGUUCAGACUUUUGUAACGAUGUAGCUGGUACUACUUUUUUGUAUGGGAUGCUGUUUGUAUAGACAACAAGUGAACAAAUGAAUUUCCACUCAACAUGUCAGGCACAUGCAGCUGAAGCAACUGGAAGCAGACAUUCCUCUGAAGAGCAAAUAUUUUGUUGUAUUUUCACCAUUAGUGCCUUUCUAUAACACAUUAUUACACAUCUUACGAGCGCCAUAUUCUUCACUGGCUAAAUGACAAUCAAAGUUUUAUUCUGUGUGUUAUAUUGUAAGUGUAAACUGCACGUGAAAUAAGCUUUUAGACAAUGUUUUGUUCUAAAACUGCCUUUCAUUCUGUCCUCCUUGAAGGCUUGAACUGAAUGUCGUGUCUGUGAGUCUGUCUGUUGUCUACUAGCAUUUGAAGUCAGGGUCUUUUACAGUAGGAAGUCUCACAGAACAGCAACACCACCUGACUGACAAAGGGCUAUUCAGUCUUUGGAAAUAAGACUUGUUUGUUUGUGUGAUGAACAAAUGUACUGCCUUGUAAAUAGAAUUUUUUAUAUAAUGUAAAUAGUUUAUUUUAAUGUACAUAUUAAACUAAAUGAACAACAUGA